GGGAGUAAAAAAAAUUUAUAAUUUACACAGAAAGUAAAUAAAUUUGAUUUUAAAGUUUUUGCAAUUAAUCAUUAGCUUUUAUUUUUGAUUUUAAAAAUGUCAGAAUAUACAAAUUCUACAAAUCAUCAUAGUUUAUGUAAAUCAAAUAAUGUAAUACAUAUAUCAGAAAAUAUAAUGAAUAAUUCCUGUAAUCAUAGUGAUUUAUUUACUAUAUCUACUAUAACUAUUAAUAAUGAUAGUCGAAUUGAUUCAGAAACGCAUACAAUUACUCAAAUUUGUUUUUCAUUAGCAUUUUGUUCUACAUUAAUUCAUUUAAUAUUUAUAUUAUAUUUUAAACGUAUAAGAAAACUUUAUGGUUUAUGUAUAAUGAUGCAUUGUUUAUUUUAUUCAGCUUCAUAUUUAAUGACAUUAAUCACAUGUUCAUUGAGUAAAACUAAUCUAAUUCAUACUAUUUUGGGAUAUUUAGCCGAUUAUUGUAUAUUGACAACUGUGAUAAUGAAUUUAAAAUCAUCAUUAAUGAUUGUAUAUUUAUUAUUGAGUAGACGAGAAAAUAUGAAUUGUUAUCGUGGGAAUUAUCAUUUAUGUAAUUCUAGUAAUGUAUGUAUGAAUAGUACUAAAAAAUUAUGUUAUGUAAUCGGACAUAUAAUGAUUAUAAUUUUACCUAUAUUGUGUAUUAUAAUUAGUAUGUUUUUAUUUGAAACUAAUAAUUACAUCAGUGAAGAACAUGAAGAGUUUGCCAUUAUAUCAUGUAAUUUAACACCAAAUUAUGGACAUUUCUAUAUAUUUUUUCCAAUACUAUUUAUACUAUUAUUAUUACAAUUUUCUUGUAUUUUAAUUACAAUUAAAUUAAUUGUUGGUCAACAACAAAAUACUGAUAGUUAUCAUUAUAAUAUUACUACAUUAUGGAAAACAACAAAUAUAAGUGCACGUUUUUGGAUUACAUUAAAAUUUACAAUUACACAUAGUCUUGUAUGGUUUAUUGCAUUUUUAGCAUUAAUGCAAGCAUCUACUUCACUUUGGCAUGUAUUUACAUUAUUAUAUAGUUUACAAGCUAUUUAUAUUACUGUAAAUUGUACAUUUACACGUCCUGUAUUAGAUUUACUUUAUCAAUGGCGUGAAGAAAAAAUUGAUUAUUAUAAAAAUGAACACCAUCUAUUAUUGAUUAAUCAUAUUUUAAAUACCAAUCAACAAAAUGAUACAAAACAAGAUAGAAUCAAAAAUAUAUUGACUAGUUUUUAAUAAAACUAUAUAAAUAUUGAUCACAUAUUUGUACAUGUUAAUAUACAGUUUUAUACAUAAUAAUAUUCAUUAUAUUAAUUCAUAUUAAUGAAGAUCCUGUAUUUGUUUUAUCAUCAUUUGGCUCAUGUUAUAUGUAUGAAUUAAAAGGAGUAUUAUAUUUGCUUUUUCUUUAACUGUAAGUAGUACAGUAAGAAGUUUUGUUAAUUUAUUUGUAAUGGUAAAACUUUACAAGAAAUUAUUAAAUGUAAAAUGUAUUUGUAAAAUCUCAGUAAAAGAAUUUGAAAUAAAUCCAAUGUUUCAUCUGGUAAUCUCGUCGAAGCUUUUUCAAGGAAAUAUAUUCUUGAAAAGCACUAGGACAUGGUAAUUUUGUUUGAAACACUAUGAUGAUUCGAAAUAUUCAGUUUUUUGGAGAGGGGGGAAUUUCCCUAAAGUAUACCUUAUUAGAUAAUUAUAUUUUAAAGUUAAUAAUUUCUCAAACAAACUCAGAUUAUAACAGAUCUGUGAUCAAAGAAAUGUAUGCUUGAAAAAGGUUGAACAAGAUUGUUAGACAAAACGUUGGAUUUAAUUCAAAUUCAUUCGCUAAGAUUUUACAAAUAUAUCCAUCCUCGUUUAAUAUCUUAUAUUAAGUCGGCGCCCAAAUAUUGUGAAACUAUUCGAUCAAAUUUAGACAAAAGUUCAUAUUAAAUGUAGAUUAGAAAUUUUCCGUUUGAUUUUAUUCAUAAUCAUUUUGAAAUGAUGUGAAAUUUUCAAGUUCAGGUAAUAUAUACCUACUGAAAAUUUCCUAAUGAAUAUUUAAUUCCAAGUGAUAUUAUUUAUAAGAUGAACACUUUUUUGUUGGCAUAGCAUCUAUGAUAACUGUAACCAAUAGUUCAAGAUGUUGUUGUACGAUAUCCCUUAGAAUUGAUCACAAUCAUACAGAUUGAUUAACUCUUGAUCUUCCAUUAAAUAUUCUUUCAUUCCAUCUUCUCGUAACAUAUUCUCAGUGUUCGGUCAUUUUCAUUAUCAUUAAUACUAAAAUUACCUCAAUUCCUUUUCUAUUCCUCAUUCAGUUAGACUCAUUAUGUCGUGUUAAUGUUAUUCGACGACUUAAACCAAUAUACAUUUACUCCUUACCUGUAAGUUGAUCAUGACUGAUGGAAUACAUAUAUAUUAUUAUUACUUAGUAUACAAAUUUGCCUGCCGAUAUUGAAUCACAUCGUCGAUUCCCCGUUUGUUAGAAAUACCUUUUUUAAACCUAACAAUAUGAAAUUGUGUGAUUCAUCCUUUUUGACGAAAUUAUUAUAUACCAAUAUUAUUCACAUCUUCAGAUAAGUUAUGUAAUGCUUUAUAUUCUGAAGAACUACACUCACUUUUAUUUCAAUGUAGUAAUUGUAUUACAUACAAAACAUUUUAAAAGUUCUCUGUAACUUAAUUAUUAAUGUCUUUGUGUAUAAAUAAAAAAAAUACAAUUUU